CGACUGUCUCUUGAUUACUUCUUUCUGAUAGAAUUACCAAAUGCAGAUUUGAUUUUGGUCAAGAUCUGAAGCGAGACAUUUGUAGUUGUGUAUCAUCGUUAUUUAAAGGAGAUAAUUUAUAGAUCAAAAUCGAAAUAUGGCAUCUGUGAAUGAUACAGUGACUAGUGGGCCAUCUCCAAUGGUUCAGUUUUUCCUGGAUUAUUGUCAGAGCCUAAAGACUUCGAUGGACUUCAGUGACUCCCGCAUCAUAUCCGAGGCUGAUCUCCCAUCCAGCCUCACCAAACGAACUGAAAUCAUGGACGUCAACCCGAACAAGGAGACCCAUGGUAGCCUGACGGGUGACUCAGGGUUGUCCAAGUCACUCACCAACACUCACCGCCCACGCGCCACAAGCACACCAACUCAUGAUAAAUACCCGUCGACUGAGUUGGCUGGAAGUACAAUCACUAGUGAUAGUGGCGAUGAUGAGGGUGUAGGAUUGGGGACGAACGAUGAGGCUGGUGUCUGUGAAUCUCCUCUUUCUCUCGUCAGCACGGACAUCCAGGUGCCGAUUGUCGGGUUUGAGAUCAUGGAGAACAGGACAAGAUUCACAGUAUACAAAGUGAACAUCCGGAAAGGGCCACAUGAGAGCUGGUUCGUCUUCAGAAGAUACACGGAUUUCGUCCGAUUAAAUCAAAAGCUUGGUUGCGUCUUCCCCACCUUUCGUCUGUCAUUGCCGCCAAAGAAAUGGUUUGGGAACUUCAAUCCAGACUUCUUAGAGGAUCGCCAGCUUGGUUUACAAGCAUUCCUCAACAAUAUUGUUGGCCACCGAGACGUGUCUAACUCAGCCCCUGUGCGAGAUUUCCUCUGCUUGGAUGAUCCUCCAGGGCCCCAUGAUAGCCUGGAAGAGAGCAGGGCGUUGUGCGAAUCUCUCGAGGAAAAUGUCUACGAUCUGCGGAAAGAUAUUCAGGAGCGAGACGCUAGGAUUGAGUUGUUGGAAGGAGAGGUGGCCAUGUUGAGGGCUGAGGUGGAGGCAUUGCGCAAUACUGUCAAGUUAGAAAAGGCUGUGAAUGUGAUGAGGCGCUCACCGAGCAGUUCACUACCAGAAUCAGGCGAGUUUGAGAAUGACAGCACGUUGUGUGUAGAAGCGGAUCAAGCUCACCGUCGAGGCAAUGUCAACCCAGUGUCUCCAGCAUUAUCGGACAGUUUUGACGUCCUCAACGACGACAAUUCAAAAAAACUGAGACGGGUGAUAGAUGAGGGUGACAAUGGUGCUUUAAAGGUUCGAUCAGAGGUGACUGGGCCAAAGCCAGAGAAAAAGGUGUCGAAUGCGAGGAGUGAUUUACAAGUGAUUCUGCCCUCCUGAUUUGAAGCAAUGGAUGGAUAAACUUUGACCAUUGAAUUACUUGUUGCCAUUUGAAUUGAUCAGAUAUUAGGAUUGCAUACUUGAGGGAUAGGCCCCUUUGUGAAUGUCUGGUGGUCCCAUGUGAGGAUGUCAUGGGCCUAAUGGUGUCUUCCAUAAGUGAUCACUUAGCUAAUGACUAUUCUUAGUGAUACAAUUAUAUUGAAUAAAUGUAUGAUAUAUGGUUGAACCAUAAAUGGAGCUAUAUCAUUCAAUAUUUUUCAUUUUAGAUUAUGAAAGGGUUUUCUUUAUUGUAGUUGCUCAAACUAAUUGUAGUUCUCUUGCCAUAGUUAGUAUCUGACAUGAGCCCUUGGAAAGACUUGGGCUUGAAGAUGUCACAUGUAAUGUCUAGGGUGCAUGUGAUAUGGAAUAUUUCUGGUGCAAUAUUGAGCUAGUUCAUUGACAUAGCAGGAUUGUGAGGUUGAGUUGGUUGAGGUCACUGACGUUGGGUGUGUGGCGUGUUCAAAGUUGAAGACAAAGUAUAAUAUGAGUGAACUUAUAUGGGAGGGUAUAUUAGGGUGAAUGGGGUGACUAUUGCAUGAGGCUGUAAAUGAAAAGUUGUUUUAAAGUUGAUAUUCCCAUUUUUUUCUGCUAUGUCCAAGUAUGAAUUAGAAUUGUUUUAACAUUUUAGCUCUUGCUCUUUCAAUGUAGCAUUUCAGUGUCUGGUAAAAUGGUGGAUGGGUCGACAACUCGACAAUUUAUAAACUUUGUGCUAUUUAUUUGUGCAUAGAUCAUUCCAGAUUUUCAUUCAUUGUAUUUUGGUGAUUAUAUGAAACUCUUGAUAAUUGUGAUGAUGUGAAAACUGCCAAGCUGGUCAGGCUCGGUGGCGACCAUCUGCUCUGGUAAUGAUAGGCCGCUGCCAUAAAGGUUGUUGUAGCUCCUGACCAGUUUUACAGUAACACUGUAUUGUGCAGCAGUCUUUUAUAUCACAUUUACAGUUAUACACAUGGUAUUCAUAUACAGCCAGGCCUGUGCUACAGAAUCCUGUAGUUUACCAUAGUAUUUAUAUACAGCCAGGCCUGUGCUACAGAAUCCUGUCGUUUACCAUGGUAUUCAUAUACAGCCAGGACUGUGCUACAGAAUCCUGUAGUUUACCAUGGUAUUUAUAUACAGCCAGGCCUGUGCUACAGAAUCCUGUAGUUUACCAUAGUAUUUAUAUACAGCCAGGCCUGUGCUACAGAAUCCUGUAGUUUACCAUGGUAUUUAUAUACAGCCAGGACUGUGCUACAGAAUCCUGUAGUUUACCAUGGUAUUUAUAUACAGCCAGGACUGUGCUACAGAAUCCUGUAGUUUACCAUGGUAUUUAUAUACAGCCAGGCCUGUGCUACAGAAUCCUGUAGUUUACCAUGGUAUUCAUAUACAGCCAGGACUGUGCUACAGAAUCCUGUAGUUUACCAUGGUAUUCAUAUACAGCCAGAACAGUUUUCUACAGAAUCUUUUAGAUUUGUGGUCCAAGAGCUCACUUGUCCCUUCGUGGGCCUCCAACAUUGGGAAAAACGAAUUCAGUGGGCUACUUUCCUACAACAUGGUUUUCAGACAAAUUGAGGUUGUGGAUUCAAGCUCAGUCGGACGUUCUCCCUAUGUUGUCAUACUCUUGGUGCUUUCUUCAGCCAUAUGUAAAUAUUCUUGUAUAUAUUAUCAAUAGAAUUUCUUGGCAGUUUUUGAAAAUAAUGGAACUCUAUUGAACUGGAUUCCUGCCAUUUGCAUUUUCGCUGUAGCUUCUACAUGCUUUUAAACUAAAGUAAAGGAAAAGGGUUGAUGACACCCAAACUGAACCUGUUGUAAUAUCUCCACUUGGGCCAUUUCAAGUGGAGUUGAAAACUUCCCUCCAAAUUAACAAAAUUAUGCACAGAAACUGUCCAUUUGAUGUAAUUUCAUAGAAUUUCUUAGGGUUUGAAGGCCGUCAGAAUAUUUUAUCCACUGGCCAAGUUUCAAUUGCCUGUGAGAGCGCUAGAGCCCGAGUGUUUACAUGUGCA